UCUAGCUAUCGUCAUUAUCCUUCUUUCUUUCUCUCUCUAACAAAAAUUAUUUCAUUUUUUCUCUCUCCUCUGAAAAUCAAACAAAUUUCUAGGGUUAAAUUCAGGUAAAUUAGUUCAAUUUUUUUGAACAAAAAUCAUGGAAGAAAAUCAGAAUCUAGUUGAAAAUGAAGAAUUAUUGGAAAUUUCUGAUAAAUUGGACAAAACCCUAACCCUAGAAUCGUCAUCAACGCGUCAAUCUGAUGACGAUGAAGAAGAGGAAGAAGAUGAAAAUGGCGACGAAAAUGAGGAAUUUGAGUUUUGUUUUCUCGGAGGAGGUUUAAAAUCGCCGGUUUCAGCGGAGGAAGUGUUCGAAGACGGUCAGAUCCGGGUAAUCUCACCGUUUUCCAGCGAAUAUACCGGCGACGGAGAGACGUCAUCAUCGUCGUCGUCGUACGGCCGUCCGGUGAAGAAUGUGUUCGUAGUAUCAAACUCGCCGGAAAAUGAUGACGUGGCGGAAGAAGGAUCGUACUGCGUGUGGAAAGCGCCGUCGCCGGAGAUGAGUCAGAAGAGCAAUUCGACGGGAUUCUCGAAGCUUCGGAAGAUGAGAGAUUUGUUACAUAGGAGCAAUAGUGACGGGAAAGACGCGUUCGUGUUCCUAAACGGGAAAAGCGACGCUUCGGGUUCGGCCGAAGCGAAAAGGAAGGAGAAGGAGAAGAAGAAGAAGAAGAAGGAGUUGAAGAUAGAAGUGGGGGAGAAGAAGGGUGAAACGACGUCGUUAGGAAAAGAAGGGAAGAAGAAGAAGAAGGAGAAGUCGGCGUAUGAAGCGUUGUAUUUGGGUGGAGGGAAAGACAAAAGGAAAGGCGGUGGGAAAUCGUAUUUGCCAUAUAGGCAAGAUUUGGUCGGCUUUUUUACAAAUGGUAGUGCUUUGAGUAGAAAUGUUCAUCCUUAUUAAUAAAUAAAAUACCCUUAUAAUAUCAUUUAAUUAGUUUUAUAACAAUAUAAUUUGUUUAUUUUGUUUUGUAAAUUGAAGAAAAAAAUAAAAUGUGAGUUGGGAGUUGAUAAUUAAUUGUAUGACUAUUGGCUUGCAUUUUUGUUGAUAUUAUUGUAUAAGGGGAAGAUGUAAUGCUAAAUGCCUUUAAUUGUUUUUUUUUUUUUAUUUAAUUUUGAUAUCUUCAGAUUAUAUUCAUGUACGAGUAAUGUUAUCAUGAAAUUAUGGGCAAGUGUACAUAAAUAAACUAAAGGCCCUUUUUAUCACCUCAA